AUGAAAGGUGUGAUUCGACUUGUGAAGCGGGGAAAGCUCAAUCCGAGAUAUGUUGGACCUUUUCAUAUCAUUGAAAGGAUUGGGCCAGUGGCUUAUAGACUCGAAUUACCCGCGGAGUUAGAUUGGAUUCACAAUGUUUUCCACGUCUCGAUGCUGAAGAAGUAUGUACCUGAUCCCUCCCAUAUCCUUGAGGCACCUCCGAUUGAGUUGCAUGAAGAUUUGAAGUUCGAGGUGCAACCUGUACGCAUUCUAGAUCAAAAAUAUUGGGUGUUAAGGAACAAGAGCAUUCUAAUGGUUAAAGUGUUGUGGAAGAAUGCUUGA